UUUUUUUUUUUUUCUGGUAAUAUAUACUUAUACAUUUAUAUCUAUAUUUUUAUACAUACACGUUAGAUCCUAAUGGCACAACAGAUCGAGCGUAAUCAAGAAGCCACUAUUUAUAUCGGUAAUCUUGAUGAAAGAUGUACGGAAUCACUUAUUUGGGAACUCAUGUUACAAGCUGGACCAGUUGUCAAUGUGCAUUUACCAAAAGAUAGAGUGACGCAAACGCAUCAAAGUUAUGGAUUUGUUGAAUUUUUAACAGAAGAAGACGCUGACUAUGCAAUCAAAAUCAUGAAUCAAGUACGACUAUAUGGUAAGCCUAUUCGUGUCAACAAGGCAACUUCAGAUAAAAAGAAUUUGGACGUGGGAGCAACAUUAUUUAUUGGUAAUCUGGAUCCUGAUGUUGACGAGAAAUUAUUAUAUGACACAUUUAGUGCUUUUGGUUUAAUUGUCAAUACACCCAAAAUAUCUAGAGAUCCAGAGACAGGCGUAUCAAAAGGAUUUGGCUUUAUUAGCUAUGAUAAUUUCGAAUCCUCUGAUGCAGCUAUUGACUCAAUGGAAGGACAAUACUUGAUGAAUAAACAAAUUUCAGUAUCUUAUGCAUUUAAAAAGGAUGGUAAAGGAGAAAGACAUGGUUCCGCAGCAGAAAGAUUAUUGGCUGCAGAAGGUAGAAAGAAUGUACAGAUGCCAAAUCGUUUGUAUGUUGGUGGACCACCUAUGGCUCCCGCUUUAGGUGUUGGCGCAACUACGAUCAUGCCAACUAUGGUUACCCCUCCUCCUCCUCCUACUGCUGCUGCUGCUUAUAAUGGUGCUACCUUUAGACCUCCUCCACCUCCUCUACCGCCAAUGGCAGGUGCUAUGGGAUACCCCCCAAGACCUCCCAUGGGAUAUUCAACAUGGUAAUAAUUAAAAUAGUUUAUAUAUAUAACAAAUAUAUAUGAUUUGGCAAAAAAAUAAGUUAAAUAAAAGGCGACAUCAAUACUGGAAUAGUUCAUAGUUCUAAUAACAUUUCUAAUCUAUUAUGAAGUUCUAUUUCAUUAAGA